AUGAACGAGGAUGGCACUUGGUCAGAUCGUGGCAGCCAAAUCCUGGGCUCAACACUGAGCAUUUGCAUUCUCAGUACGGGUAUCCUAGUAUGGAGAAUCAUAUAUGGGAUCCAAAGCAAGCGCAAGAUCAUGGUCUGUGACUACUUGCUGAUCGUCGCUGCGUGUCUCAAUGUCGCGUCAUCUGGUAUACGCAUCAAGUCCACGAUCCACGGACAGGGCCGGCACAUCAUGGACCCCAGCAUCAGCAAACCUCACGACAUACUCGAGUAUAGCUACUACUUGUACAUCGGACAGGUCAUCAACCUGAUUGCAAUGGCAAUUCUCAAGCUAUCGAUUUGCACAUAUCUACUAGCUUUGCCAUUCGGACUCAUCUACAAGAUCAUCAUCUACCUGUCAAUAGCGAUGGUGGCAGUUUUCAAUUUUACACUACCGAUGUUGGGACUGUUCUGCGCGAAACCCUUCGAGGCGAACUGGAACAAGGGCAUCAAGGGUACAUGCUUCUACCAUGGUACCCAGGCGCUCACCGCGACAAUAUGCUCCAUCUUCAAAACCGUCGAAUUGCGCCAACUUCAAAAGACCAAAGACCCGACCUGGGACGGCGUGAACCUUACAAUCUGGUCCGCAACUGAGCUGUCCGUCGGCAUUCUCGUCGCUUCCCUCCCACCCCUACGCAAGCAAUUCGAAAAACUACUGCGCAAAGUGCUGCCGAGUACUUUCCAGACCAGCAAGCGCACACCGGGUAGUCGCAGCGGCAUUCCCAUGUACAAUGUUUCCAAGGUUACCACCAAGCGCAAUACGAAGAUUAUGGGGCGGUCGGAUAUCGGGAUUGACGAUGGGGACAGCGAGAGGAGCAUUCUGCCCGAGACUGGCGAUCAUGGGAUUAUGAAGACGGUCGUGCAUGAGGUUACGAGCGAGUCGCGGACGGAUAGUGAAGGCGGAAAGGACUUACCGCAGAGUUUUGAACAGAGAAGAUGA